CGAGAGCGAGCGGAGGCCUCCCUCGCUCGCGACGACUUGCAGGCGGAGCUGGAUACGAGUCGACAGUCGCUGCUGAAGGAGCAGGCUUCUUCUGCUGAUCUCCGCAGCAAACAAGCGGAGCGUGAGGAACACCUUGGAGCGUUGCGCAACUUGAUCAAUCUGGUACCUGCGCCAACUCCGCAACCUGAGAUGGAACGAUGCGUGGCGUCGGCCUCUUCCAGUUCGUCUCUUGCCACACUGGCGUCAACGGCCACGAGCCUUGUCUCCUCUGAUCCUCCAGCGCGAACAUCUUCGCAGCAGCUCCCGUCUGGCUCGGCAAAGCGAAGUGGAGAUCUCUCUUCUGAUCCAACGUCACAGUCGAAGCGUGCAAAGCGUGCCGUUGCGACUACUGAGGGAGCGCCAGCUGAGUUGUCUUCCUCUACGGCGAUGGCCCGAAGCCCAUUCACGCACGCAAUUCCAUCUGAGUCCAGCGAAGCUGGGCGCCCUACCGAUGUCACGCCGUGGCUGUGGGAGGUUGUUGCAGGUCACCGCCUUGACCAGCUUACAGCCAAAGACCUCGCUUCGAAGUUCUUACCACGCGACUGGCUGCUACCCGCCGGGGUGUGCAACCCUAAGAAGGGGGAGCUGGCCGUUCCUGCUGACUAUCGACCCUGGCCACAAGCCUCGGUCGAAGCUUUAUACAAAGCGAGUCCCUGGAAGAUCUUCCUGGAUAACAUGCACGACCCAAUCACCCACUCCAUCGAGACUUCCAUUUCCAAGGCCAGCGCUGAGUCUUGGGAGGUGAAGUUCACUUCGGAUUGUAAGAAUCGGAGAUCCCACUUUGUGAAGAUGCUGCUGCCUGUGUUCGAAGAGGUGGCCCGCCUGUGCAAGGCUCAUGUGUGCGACUUGGACAUUCUUCUGGAGCCAUUCCUCCUGCCGCUGAUCGCAACGUGCCUGUGGUUCCCUAAGGGAGCUUCUGGUGCCUCUGGAGAUCUGUUACACGUCUUACGAACGACUGACGAGGCGGAGCCGUGGCGCCUGUUCUACUGCCAAACACCCAUCGAUGAUCGAAUCCAUCCACACGCGCCUUCGAGGCAAGUUCAAGGCGACCUCGUCAAUCGCCUAGCCUGA